UUUCCUUCGAGAAAACAAACUCACUCAACUCAACUCGAGUGCAAGAAAAAGAAAAGGCAGAACUCAAACUCUUUCAUCAAUCUCACUCUCAAUAAAACAUGGAUUCCGACGACGAACAAACAAUUCCAUUAAGCCAAAGGCCCGAAUGGGCUGACGUUAAGCCGGUACCUCAAGAUGAUGGCCCGAACCCGGUUGUCCCGAUCGCCUACACUGAUGAAUUCAGAGAAACCAUGGAUUAUUUUCGAGCUGUUUAUCUCUCUGAUGAACAUUCUUCUCGCUCUCUUCAGCUUACUUCUGAAGCUAUCAACUUGAAUGCCGGCAAUUACACUGUUUGGCAUUUCAGGCGGCUCAUUCUCGAGUCACUGAAUGCUGAUUUGCACGAGGAACUAGAUUUUGUUGAAAACAUUGCGAAGAAGAAUUCAAAGAAUUAUCAGAUAUGGCAUCAUAGGCGGUGGCUAGCUGAGAAACUGGGACCAGAUGCUGCUUUUAGAGAAAUUGAAUUUACAAAGAAAAUACUUUCUCUUGAUGCGAAAAAUUACCAUGCAUGGUCUCAUAGGCAGUGGGUCCUUAAAACAUUAGGUGGUUGGGAAGAUGAACUUGAAUACUGUAAUCAGCUUCUUAGGGAUGACAUCUUCAAUAACUCUGCUUGGAAUCAGAGGCAUUUUGUUGUCACCAGAUCUCCUUUGCUAGGAGGCUUAGAUGCCAUGAGAGACUCUGAAGUGGAUUACACUAUUGAAGCCAUUAUAACCUAUCCCGAGAAUGAAAGCUCAUGGAGGUACCUACGUGGCCUUUACAAAAACGACUUAAAAUCUUGGGUAAAUGAUCCUCGAGUCUCGUCUGUAUGUCUGAAGAUAUUGAGCACCAAAACUAGAUGUAUUUUUGCGUUGAGCACUCUUUUAGACCUCAUCUGCCAUGGUUUCCAACCAAGUCCUGAGUACGAAGAAGCAGUUAAUGCUUUGCCUUUGCAGAGGUCAGAUGUAGGACCAAGCAGUUCCAGCUUAGCUGAAACAAUCUGCUCAGUUUUGGAAGCCAUAGAUCCUUUGAGAGGGAAUUAUUGGAAUUGGCGCAAGGAACAACUCCCUGCAUUAGUAACUUGAGGUUGAAGUUAGAAUGUAACUUUUUCUUUUUCUUCCUAUUUAUGCUGUGGAUUGAUCCUUCGGAGUAGUCAUUUUGUGUUGCCUAGAAAGGUUCGGAGUAUUGUGGAUUCAGUUGACUAUGAUAGAUUCUAUGAACAGAAACUGAUAUCUGAAUUGUGUAAUCUGAUGCAUAAAUCAAUAUCAUAUCCCUAUUCUUUAUA